GCCCCGCUCCAGUGCGUCUGAUUGGCGGUUGAACUUCAGGCGGCUGAAGGUGGUACCUUGGAGAGCGGUGAACAGCACUCACUGCAGUAGAGUCCGGCCAAAGCACGAUGCCUCGUUUUACGGUCCACAUCAGGGAUGAGUGGCUGGCGGUGCCCUGCCGGGACACCACCAACACGAUGAGGUGGCUGGGACAAGAAGCUCUCAAACGCUACGUGAAGAACAAACCGGACAACGGCGGCAUCGCGGCUGUUAAGGACACCCGAUUUGUUGUGCGCAGGUGCCAGGGUUUGGGUUUGUUGGACGAGGAUGACACCAUCGAGGAUGUACUGGAGGAUAAUGACUUCGUGGAGCUGGCUAUCGAAGGCGACACCAUGUCUCCUGACUUUAUCCCAUGUGCACCUGGAGUUUCUCACCUAACAGCAGCAUACAAAGAACCUGGAGAAUAUAUCUGCCUGGAUGGAAACAGCCUGACAUCAACAGAUCUGGUUAACUUAGGAAGGGGACUCUACAAGAUAAAGCUAACUCCAGAGGCAGACAAAAAGGUUGUGCAAUCCAGAGAGCUGUUGGACACCAUUGUCAAAGAGAAUAAAGUUGUCUAUGGAAUCACCACAGGUUUUGGCAAAUUUGCCCGAACGGUCAUUCCUGUCAGCAAGCUCAAGGAGCUUCAGGAGAACUUAGUGCGGUCACACUCAGCAGGUGUUGGAAACCCGCUGAGUCCGGAAAGGACUCGCAUGCUGCUCGCUCUCAGGAUCAAUGUUCUGGCCAAAGGGCACAGUGGAAUUUCUUUGGAAACUCUUCAUGCCAUGAUCCAGGCCUUCAAUGCUUCUUGCCUCUCCUUCGUCCCAGAGAAAGGGACAGUGGGUGCCAGUGGAGACCUUGCACCCCUCUCUCACCUGGCCCUGGGGCUGAUGGGAGAGGGUAAAAUGUGGUCGCCCAAGAGCGGAUGGGCGGAUGCCAAAUAUGUCCUGGAGGCCCAUGGACUAAAGCCAAUAACACUGAAGCCGAAAGAGGGUCUUGCUCUGAUCAAUGGGACCCAGAUGAUCACCUCCUUGGGGGCGGAGGCAGUGGAGCGAGCCCAGGCAAUAGCUCGGCAGGCUGACAUCAUUGCUGCUCUGACCCUGGAGGUUCUAAAGGGUACCACCAAGGCCUUUGACAGCGACAUCCACGCGUUGCGUCCUCACCCGGGGCAGAUAGAGGUGGCCCAGCGCUUCCGCUCGCUUCUGGAUUCAGAUCACCAUCCAUCUCAGAUUGCAGAGAGCCACCGGUUUUGUGACAGAGUCCAGGAUGCCUACACCAUGAGGUGCUGUCCUCAGGUUCAUGGAGUCACCACGGACACAAUCAAAUUUGUCCAGAACAUCAUCAAUACAGAAAUCAACAGUGCCACUGACAAUCCUAUGGUAUUCGCUGAACGCGGAGAGACCAUUUCAGGCGGGAAUUUCCAUGGAGAAUACCCAGCGAAGGCUUUGGACUUCUUGGCGAUUGCAGUCCAUGAACUUGCCUCCAUCAGUGAGAGGAGGAUCGAGAGGUUGUGUAACCCUUCUCUCAGUGAGCUUCCUGCCUUCCUUGUCAACGAGGGAGGACUCAACUCGGGAUUCAUGAUUGCUCAUUGCACCGCUGCUGCCUUGGUUUCUGAGAAUAAAGUUUUGUGUCAUCCGUCCUCUGUGGACUCGUUGUCCACCAGUGCUGCCACAGAGGACCAUGUGUCCAUGGGAGGAUGGGCUGCGAGGAAGGCUCUGAGGGUUGUGGAGCAUGUGGAACAAGUUCUUGCAAUAGAGCUGCUGGCGGCCUGUCAGGGCAUUGAGUUCCUCCGCCCACUCCGUACAACCACUCCGCUGGAGAAGGUCUAUGAACUUGUGCGCAAUGUGGUCAAACCGUGGUUUAAAGACAGGUUCAUGUCUCCAGACAUCGAAGCUGUUCACCGUUUGCUACUUGACCAAAAGGUGUGGAAUGUGGCCAAACCUUAUAUUGACAAGUAUCAGACAGAGUACAUCCCAGAGUCCCGUCCCAUCUCUCCUACGGCCUUCUCUCUGGACCCUCCAUCUUCCCCUAGAAAAAGAGUUCGUCAUGAGUGAAAGCAUUUCCAAUUUUUUUACUGAUAUCUAAACUCAAAACCAACCUUUAUUGAAAAUUUUGAUGGUUUGACUGUAAACCAACCUGUAUCUGAAUGAUAGAUUUAUUUUGAAAUGAUGAAAUGUUACUUUGACCCCUUGUGGACUAAAUUCAUGCUUUGAUUUCUGAUAUAACACAUAUAACAUUUUUAAUCCUUAAGGUAUUUGGUGUUUUAAGAAUCAGGUUUACUUUAUAUACACUGCAUUUCCCCAGUAGUUAUUUGGAUGCUGACGUUGUGCUACACCACCGAGCACCAGAGAUGUAUUUAUCUAACCCUUUUUGUCCCUGAAAAUGUGCCUGAUUUAGUUUUUAUUGUCACAUGACUACCUCAGCCACUGUACCAGUUGGAUAUUAAAUGUUUUAAAUAAUCAUCCACAAACACUCAGAUGUCUAAAUGUUGUUUCUUCUGGUUUGAUGGAAAUAAUCUGAAAUGAUUGUCAUCUAUACAUUAUUAACUUAGACAUCACAGCAAUAAACGUUUUGAAGUGGCACUUUGUA